GCGUGCCGCGCGCGAGGCGCUGUCGUGGCGCUUGCGGGUGAAUGGUGCGCGGCCGCCGCGCCGAGCCCCGYYGAGUCCCUGCGGCGCUCCCGGYCUCCUCCUCCUCAUCCUCCUCUUCUUCCUCCUUCUCCUCCUCCCGCGGCAGCUUAGGGCAGAGCCAUGAGGCGCGCGGGGCUGGGUGAUGGAGCAGCUGCAGGUAGCUAUGGCUACACCAACAGUGGGUACAGUGUUUAUGAAGAAGAGAAUGACAGGUUAACAGAAAGUCUGCGYACRAAAGUCAGUGCCAUUAAAUCGCUUUCCAUUGAAAUUGGAACAGAAGUUAAAAACCAGAAUAAAAUAUUAUCAGAAAUGGAGAAUGAUUUUGACUCCACGGGCGGACUUCUAGGUGCAACUAUGGGCAGACUGAGAACACUCUCCAGAGGAAGCCAGACAAAACUAUUAUGCUACAUGAUGCUCUUUUCAUUGUUUGUUUUCUUUGUAAUAUACUGGAUUAUUAAACUGAGGUGAUUCUUGUUACCUCUGGUUUACAUUGUGUAAUUUCAACUUACAGUCUUAAUUAAUGAAGACAUUGAUCUAAAGUGGCAUUUCUGUUGAUAAAACACAGUGAAAUUGUUGUAAAUUGCAUUAACUAUUAAUGCGAAGUUAUAUAUAGUUUUCUUAAUGUAUCGGAAUUUUUCCAUCAUCCCCUGUUUUGGGGGGAUUAUUUGUAAAUAUGCAGAAAACACUAGCAAACCAUAGAUUUUUUUUUUUUUUUUUAGGGAAAAAUAGUUUUUAGAAUUGAUUAAAAAAAUUUAAAAACCAAUGGUUGUUUGAGUAUGAAGUAAUUGAAGAAUUUCAAGACUUUCUUUUUCAUUCUGCUUUUCAUUCUGGGCCAUGCUCUAAAUUAGAGCUCCAGUGUCAGGCAUAUAGUAAUUCCUAGGUUGCAAAAGCAUGAAGAAUACUUGGAUCUUUCUAAAUAGGCCUUACCUGUGUAUUUUUAAAACACUGGCCUGAAACUAACAGUAGUGAUACCCCCAAAAAUUACUUUUGUGGUUAGAUGUGAUAGUGUUUAAGUAGCUUUAACUGUGUAUUCUGGGGAAAAGUUACUUAAAACUGGAUUUUUAUUUUUUCAAUUUCAAUGUGACAAAUCAUGUUUACACAUCUACUCUUUUAAGCAAAUGCCUUUGCUCAUCAGGACCAACCAAUAUGGACAUAGUAUAGAUAUUUUCUUUAUAUUAAAAGUAUCUAAAACUUAAUGAUUCCAUUGAAUCACUCAAACUUUUACCAUUAGUAUGUUUCAAUUUGUGAUAGGUCCUAAUUCUACAAUACAUGAUGUCUGAAAUACAAUGGCAGAACUUUGUAUUUUCUAUUAAAGUAUAUUAUGAUGCACUUGUUGGAGGUGUAGUCCCAAUAAGGUCCUUUAUUUUGAAGAUUUAGCUUUGGCUCACCAAGUAGUGAGGCUAUUACAUUGCUGAGUUUAACAUUCAAAAAAAUUCUAAGUUUUCUAGAUAUUGAAAUUGUAUCUACAAUUUUUAAAAAACUUUUCUAGAAAUACUGUAUAAUGUGUUGCCAUUAAUGACCAAUUAUGAACUUACCAAUAAAGUGUCCUGUAGUAUUAUCCUA